CCUGAGGAACAACGACGGUUCACGAUCACGAUCACGAUCAUCACCUCCCCUAAUGAGCCCCGUAAUCCAACAAACACGGCGCCGACGAAGGGGAAAAACCGAAGAAUUAAUGGCACACAAGCACAUGGUGCAAAUGGCGGUGAAAAUGCCGGUGCGCCUCAACGUGUUGUUGGUGCAAAUGAGCGUCCAGUUCUGGACUUGCCAGGAUUGUGA